AGUGACGUCCCGGAUGUAUCCUCCCGGAUAUACGACCGGUUAUGCGGAGAGAAAUUCAAACUUGUGGCUCGACUAAAAUCGAUGUUAUGGACAACUUCAAGAGGACUUCUUCAAUUUCUUAUAUUAAUAAAGAGACAAGCGAAAUUGAUUCUCUACUGUUGCUCCUUCCGGAUGAAAUUUUGCUGUUUAUUUUAUCGCACUUGAAGACUGUUACUGAUUUCGUGAGAGUCUCGGAGACUUGUCAUAGGCUGAACGUGCUGGCCACGGAUAAUCAGCUCUGGUAUCCACUGAUCAACCAUCACCACACCAAGAAUGCUCUCAUGAUUUGGAGAAGGCAAUCAGCAGUGGUGACACUAGAUCUGGACACUGGAGCUUUCCCACAAUGGUUCGACCAAAGCCAGGAAAGUCAACCUGAUAUCCUCACAGCUCAUCCUAGUGUCAUAACAGGAGCACGUCCUAGCAGGAGACUGUACGCACAGAUUGCAAGACGAAUCGGUGCAAAGAGUGCAAUUGAACUGUCAUGUCGUCUCAGUAAACACGUAGAUGUCAAUGUUUGGCGUGACAUGUGUGUAGAGCUGAACCAAGAGCUGAGUCUAACUUGUGAGAUUCGUAGUCCCAGCAAUCGCCUCCUAGCGGCCUCACUCAACAGCCUCAUUCGUCGUGUCGUGUCUCUCGAAGACCCAUGGUCAACUCUUCCCGAGGACAACAUAACACUCUUCUGUGCACUACAGACACUCCUCCCACAGAAACUCAUACUAAAAAAGCUAGUGGAGGUCGUCACCAUCAACCCACACUCGCUACACGGAUUCAGCCCUGCUCUCACAUCAAUUGACUUAUUACUAGCAAACAGGGGAGUCCUCCCACUGGCUGCCGAGUCUCGUGGCUCGCCAAAGUGGCCGCUUCAUGUCGCUGCUCGUGUCUGCUCCGUUUGCGGGCGAAACGUCAAUGUUUCGUCAUCGUGUAUUGCCAAGGACAACGUUGCUGACAUCAAGCAAUACGUGCAGCUGCGAGUUGCAACCCUUGUUGAUUUCUGGAUAAUGAACUAUGGUGACUUGCUAGAAGAGACGAACAGUUUGUUGGAUCUGCAGGUGGCGCUUAAGCUUCCUUGCUGGCUGCCUAACAUCCCUACGAAGAGUCUGAUUGCCAAAGCUAGAGAGAAGAUGCAGCAACAAAGGCUUCCUCCGUAUAGCCAGCUUGAAGACUUUGUGUAUCUGUGUGAUACGACGAAGUCUGUCAAGGACACGGCAAUCAGACUAACGAAAGACGACCUCGAAGUCUAUCGCUGCAUCCCGAACAUCGAGCUUCAACGCGCAGCACUGUGGAGCGACGAAAAGCAGCCCUACCGCAUGAUCAUCAGUCGCCUUCCCUACCUGGGCAGAGUCGAUCAUCGUGCCCGAUGCCUCACAGAAUACGUAGUAACACACAUGAAGUCACUCAAGUCACCAUCAAAACUCGGAAAGAAACCGGCAGCCGCUUCAAUGGCAAACACUCAGGCGUCUUGUAUUCAUCACUGCAUCGGAAUUUGUAGUGCGCUGCACGAGUUGAAGAACUUUGUGUCGCUGAGGGCUCUCAUUGUUGCCAUUCACUCGUGUAUUGCAGACCCGACUGUCAAUAUCAGCUGGAAGAUGGUGAGUUAUCAGGAUUUCAAGACGUAUCAGAAGUUGGAGCAACUGGUUACGCCGAGUGGUGGCGCUUAUGGUGCUUGUGCGAGCUCGGUUUGGGGUGAGCGUUACACUCCAAACAGCAUCAACUGUCUGCAGUCAUUCCUCUCCAACACCGAUCAUCAUCCACACCCCACAACACCACCAGCAUCCAUCUCCGAACGCCAGCAGUCCGACAUCGCAGGCAUUCCCAUACAACAUCUCAUUUCAUCCGACACACGACGAACCGUCUUCCCACUGCAUCCCAUCAACACUCAUCUAAAAGCUGCACGAACGAUGAUCGAACUAAAACCACUGAUGCCGACUAAAUAA